UGAACUUGGACUGCUCUGUUCAUUGCUUUGACCACAUGGUGUGUUCUCCCAGCAUUUUGAUAGUACUGUAAGAGAAUGAUAAAUUGUUGGUUCUUGUUGCAGAGAGUCUGUUUACCUUAGUGGAGGUGUGCUGUUCAUCACGUCAAGAAUCUUGGUGGUAGAUAUGUUGACCAAGAAGCUGCCAAUUCAUCUGGUGACAGGAAUUGUUGUUUAUCGUGCUCAUAAAAUCAUUGAAUCUUGCCAAGAGGCUUUUAUAUUACGACUCUACAGAGAAAACAACAAGAAUGGUUUCAUCAAAGCCUUUUCAGAUAAUCCUCAGGCUUUUACUACUGGUUUCUUUCAAGUGGAGAAAGUGAUGAAGAACUUGUUUGUUAGAAAACUCUACCUCUGGCCCAGGUAUGCAACAAGGCAGUAAACAGCCACACUCCAUUGCAUGAUGAUAUUUUUGAUUAAACAAUUAGAUUAUGAGCUCAAGAUUUCUAUCACGUGAUAGUU